AAAAAAGUAUAUGAAUGAUCAAUGUAGGACCCCUGUAUUAGUGGCCAACUCAUCAAUUACAUUAACAUAUAUCAAGUAGCAUUUGUCAUUAACUGCCUACUUUUUGCAACUUAAGUACCAGGAGAACACUACAGAUAUCUAAUGUUCAAACCAAAAAGUUAAGAAAGAAAAUUCAAAAUACACAGGUCAACUUAAAAAGUUGACAGAAUUAUCAGAAAAACAAAAGCCAUCAAGCUAGUUUUUGAGUUUGGGAUCAAACUAUAUAUUUAUUUCAUAUUGUUUCACCCUGAACACAACUAGUUCCUGCAGCAUAUGAAUGGCAACUGAAGCUGGUAUUCCGGAUGUCAUAUUAGAUACGAAAGGUCAAGCGGAAGACGUGUCCUUAACUACUGGACAGUUUGAAAAAACUGUCAAUGAAGAUAUCUCUGUGGAAUUGAAAAAAUGCGAAAGUCAUACAAGUGAAAAUUCUGAAACUAACAAAGUCGUAUCAGAAAACAAGCAAGUUUCAGAUAGCACCAAGGUCGAAAUCAUAAAGAAUGUAGUUGGCAAAAACUUUGGGAACUUAGAGGAUGGAAGUUUUUUGACAGCACCCUCAGCUCCCAUUGUUUGCAAAGAAGAUGCUAGUAAACCAGAACGUUGUCUGGUUGACGAACCGAAUUCAUCUGAGAGAGAGAUUUCGAAGAAAGCAAAGCAUAUGCAAGAAGGCCAAGAAUUUGAGGUUUCACAAGAAGCAGCAAGAGACGGUGAAUUAGUGGAAGAGAAAAACCAGGAGUCAGAUUUUGAUGAAAGAAAUCAUAAUAUUGGAACGAGUUUGCAUGCUGUAGAAGUUGGAGAGACAGAGUUUGAGUUUGAACGAGAAGAAAUCAUGGAGGAUAAGAUUAUUCUCGAUCAAAAUGUGAGUGUAAUCUUGCAUCAGCAGGAUUCUGUUGAUGAAGAAAGUACUGAAAAGGAGACAAAAGACUCGGAGAAAGAUGAAAGAGAGAAAAUGGAGGAAAGCCAACCAGAGCUAAUUAAUAAAGAUGUUCCCAGCAUAUUAGAGGCUACGUCCGAUCACAAUAAUGAGGUCUCAAUUCAUACCCCUGAUUCGAGCUUAAGCAGAGAUGAUCAAUCAGAAGAAUAUGCAGAAGAAAGGGAAUUCAAAGGCAUCGAGGAGGAAGACAAGUGCAUUGAUUUGGUGACUGAGAAGAGAGGGUCUAAAGUAACUUGUUCUAGUGAAGAUAUUGGCAAUGAAGAUGAGAAAGAUCGUAUAAUGUGCGACAGUACUGGGGACGCCUCCAUCUCAACCACAGGUUUAAGUCAAGAAAGUCAGAGUAAUAAAGCUGGAGACCCUGUGAAGGACAAACUUGAAAAGAUACUUGUGGCAGAUGAAGUGGGUGAGCGAGAUGCUGAAAUUACAGAAGAGAAGCAUAAAGAGGUUUCUGGAACACCAUGCCAAGAGACAAACCAAGACGAUAAUGAAACAAGCAAACUAGAGAAAGAUGAAAAUCCAAUUGAAAACGAAUUGCAGGAUAAGAGCAGCUCAGUUACUCUCUUUGAUACAAAAGAAGAAGAUAUUAGCUCACGAGAAUUAAGCGAUGCAGAAAUUCUUAAAGAGUACUCUGAAAGCAGGUCAGAUUACAUUGCCAAAGAGAGCAAAAUCGAAGUUACAGAGCCAACUGGGGUCGUUGAGGAAACUGUUCUAGUCUGCACCACUCAACAUGAUCUUGACAGUUCAUCCAGGAAACAAGAAGACAUUCAUGAACAAGGUGAGAAGCUGGAUAUAACAAAGGCUGCAGAAGAGGAGGCACAAGAAACAGAAGGAUCCAAUCUUGUAGCCACCGAUGACUUUAAUAGUACUGUCGAAUGCGUCCAAGAAAAAAUUACAGACUUGGAUUCUAGAAAUCAUGGGGCUGAAGCAGAGGAGGCACAAGAAGCAGAGGUAUCUGGUUCUGUGUUGGCCAAGGGUACCAGUACUGUCAAACUCAUUCAAGCAGAAGAACUUACAGAAUUGGAUUCUACAAGGGAUGAGGAGCACAUAGACGAUAGUUUGUUGCAGCAAAAUAAACCAGAAGAAAAGAAGCUUCAAACAGACUUGAACGUGAUUUCUGAGAUUAACCAUGCAGGUUUUGGUGGAGAUUCUGCAACAAUUGCCUCUGUCAUCAAGGAUGGAGAAACUGAAAACAUUGAAGAAAUCUUUGAGAACAAAGAGAAGGGAGAGGAACCAGACCCUACUUGCGAGUGCGAAACAGAGAUUAUGAAUCCCUUGUCAAUUCAUUCAGAUAAUAAGAUUCAAAGUACAGUAGCUGAAUUCCUGAUAAAUGAAGCAGACAAUUCACAUGUACCAUGUCUCUUGGUUGAACAAGCAGAAGUUCAAGAAAAGGUUGACAAAGCAGAUCAAGAAUCGCAUGAAGAAGAUUACAAAACAAACGAAACAUCCAAAACAGAUGAAAAGCCUUAUGGAGAUGAAUCAGUCUAUCAAGGCUUAGAGAAAGAUAAUUUGCAGCAUACAACAUCCGAGAGAACAGUGCAAACUAAAAUAGAACUGGAAAUAAGUGAAAGCACUGAGAAGCUUGAGGAGGAUUGUGGAUUGCACUCUAAAGGAAGCUUAGAGACAGAAGCUGCUAGAGAGGACAUAUCAGGGGAGGUGAAAAAGGAGACCGAAUUUGUUGAUGUGGACACACAAGAACUCACUACAAAAAGUCAUGAAACUGAAGAAGGUUCAAUGUUAGAUGACAUUAAAGUCGACGACACAGUAAGAGAGAUGACGGACAACCCAAGUGUUCAAGUGGAGAUUCAUGAGGAUGAAGCCUUGACAUCAAGAGGUGAUGAUGAGAGCCAAAAAUCAGAAAGCAAAGGAAAUGUUGAUAAAGAACACAUUGUUGAUGAUGUCAAAUUUUCUAUACCAGAAACAAUCCAAGGUGAAACCAGUAAGAGAAAUCAAGACACGGUAAAAGAUGCAGAAAAGUUAAAUGAAGAAGAAUACACUGCAGAGAUCAAAAAGGAAGGUCAUACAGCUGCAUUUUCACCAGAGAAUGUGCAAGAAACAUUAAAAGGAUAUGAAAAUGAAGCAGAAAUGUCCAAAAGAGAGGUUGUUGAAGAGGGAGAAAGAAUUGGAGCAGGUGAAAGCAUUCCAUGUGAAACAAGAAAGGACAUUGAAAUAUUUGUUGAUGCUUCAUCAGUUAAGGAAGAAGGCAAAGACCUGGAUCCCAUUAAAGCUUUGAUAAAGGAGAAUAAAGUUGAGGGAAAAUUCUCUACCAAUGUUUUGAAUGACAAUGAUAGCGAUGAAGUCAAAGAAUCAGAAAGACCACUAGAGCUAGCAUCAAAAUCUGAAGAAGAUCAUCAACAGGCUGUACAGAAAGAUGAACCAGAAGAGAAAUUUGAAUGUUUGCUACAAGUGACACCUAAUGAAAUUGGGACAGAACCAUCUAGUGAACAUGCUAGAAAUAUAACCUGCGUAGAGAUCUUCGAGGAGUUAGAAACAACUGGAGCAAGUGACAGCAUUCCAUGUAAGACAAAUGAAGAUCCUGAAAACUUUGUUGUUGCCUCAUCUGUGAAGCAAGAAGAUCAACAUGAAGUAGAUAAAGAGCUAGAUCCAGUGCACACCUUGGAAGAGGAGACUAAACACGAUGACUCAUUAUCUACCAAAUCAAUGGAAGAAAAUGAAGACAGAAGUUCAGAUGUAGCAUCAAAAUGUGAUACAGAUCAACAACAUGCUCUAAAGGAAGAAGAACCAAUGAAGAAGCUUGCAGAAUUGCUACUUGCAAGGCUUGAAGAAACUGAGAAAGAGCCAGCAAGUGAAGAUGGUGAAAAGUUUGUAGUUGCCUUGUCAAUGAAGCAAGAAGAUCAACAUGAAGUAGUUAAAGAGCUAGAUCCAACAGAAAUCUUGAAAGAAGAGACUAAGGUUGAUGACACAUUAUCUACCACAACAGUGGAAGAAAAUGAAGACAACAAAAUCAUCACUACAGACAAAAGCACAAAUAUAGCAUCUAAAGAUGAUAAAGAUCAACAGCAUGCUUUGCAGAAAGACGAACCAAGGGAGAAGCUUGCAGAACUGCUAUUCGCAAUGCCGAAAGAAAUUGAGACGGUGUCAGCAAGUGAAGAUGCAAAAAAGUUUGUUGUUGCCAAAUCAUUGAAGCAAGAAGAUCAACAUGAAGUAGAUACAGAGAUUGAUUCAUUGGACACCUUAAAAGAGGAGACUAAAGUUGAUGAGUCGUUAUCUACCAAAGCAGUGGAAGAAGAUGAAGACAGCAAAAUAAUGACUGUAGAUAGAAGUACAAGUAUAACAUCAAAAGGUGAGAUCAGUCAACAAUAUGCUCUACAAAAAGACGAACAAAGGGAGAAGCCUGAAGAUUUGCUACUUGCAGCGGCCAAAGAAAUUGAGACAGAACUUGCAAGUGAAGAUCCUGAAAAGUUAGAUGUUGCCUCAUUAGUGAAACAAGAAGAUCAACAUGAAGUAGAUAAGGAGCUAAAUCCAGCAGAAGCCAUAAAAGAGGAGACUAAAGUUGAUGAAUCAUUAUCUAUCAAUGCAGGAGAAGAAGAUAAAGAUAACAAAAUCAUGACUACAGACAGAAGUACAGAUAUAGCAUCAAAAUCUGACACAGAUCAACAACAUGCUCUACAGAAAGACGAACCAAUGAAGAAGCUUGCAGAAUUGCUACUUGCAAGGCUCGAAGAAACUGAGAAGCCAACAAGUGAAGAUGCUGAAAACUUUGUAGUUGCCUUGUCAAUGAAGCAAAAAGAUCAACAUGAAAUAGACAAGGAGCUAGAUCCAAUGAAUUCCAUGAAAGAAGAGACUAAAGUUGAUGACACACUGAUUACCAAAGAUUUGGAAGAAGAGGAAACCCACAAAUUUAUAACCACAGAAAGAAGUACAGAUAUAGCAUCAAAAGGUGAAACAGAUCAACACCCACUACAGUUUGACGAAAGAAGGGAGAAACUUGAAGAUUUGUUACUUGUAACACCUGAAGAAAGUAAGACGGAGUCAGUUAUUGAAGCAGCUACAAAUGAUACCUACAUGGAAAGGGAAGGAAUAACUGACAGCCAUGAAGAAAGCUCAAAAACAGAAACCGAAGGAGAAAAGGCAAAGAAAAACGCUAAUGAUACAGAAGAAAAGGUGCUCGAGACUACUAGUGCAAGCCAAGAAACCAGAGAACAUGCAUUAAGGGAGCUUGAUGGUGAUGAAGACUUGUACUCCAAGAUUACUGAGACAGACACCAAAGAAACGCAGGUAAUAACUGGAGUGGAGACAACACCUAUAAGUAUAGAAAUAAAAGAACAAAACUUUGACAAACAAAGCAUUGCGAAACAAACUUCUUUAUCUCUUCAAGAAGAAAUGGUUGAGAAAAGUUCAAAAGAAAGUGAAAAGGAACUCGCGAUAUUGGAGCUCCAAGAGCAAAAUAAGGUGACAACAUUGGUAGAGGAAAUAAAAGCUGAAACCAUAGAAUGCAGUGUUAAACCAAAUGAGGACUUUGAUACUACAGAUUCUCGUAUUGAAGAAACAAGCAUGAAUGAGGCAGCAAGGGAACCAGAUGACAAGAAGGAGGUCUUAAGUCAUGAUAUUACUCUUGAAGAGAAGAGCUUGGCAACCAGUGUAGACGUUGAAGUACAGUCAGAUUCUCCCUUAUCAGAAAUCUUGAGUGAAGAAAGACAUGACAAGGAGGAGGAAAAAAUUUAUAAUGGUGUUUCUAAAGAGGAGGGACUGGAAAACAUAGAAACUGGUGUUAUAUUAGACAAUGCAAAUAGUGUUACCUGCUUGGAGAUUGAAGCUAUUCAGAACAUUGAAGAAACCUCAAAGACGGAAUUGAAAGAAGAAGAGGUGAAGAAUUCAGAUAGUACAAUUGUCCCAGAAAAAGAGAUUGUUGAAGAGUUAGAAACAGCUAGAGCAAGUGAAAGUGCUCCAUGCGAAACAAAGGAUGAUGUUGAAGAAUUUGUUGGUGCCUCACUAGUGAAUAUAGAAGAUGAGAAGGCAAAUAAUAAGGAGCUAGAUCUAACGGAUUCUUUAAAGGAGGAGAAUAAAGUUGAUGAUACUAGUUCUACUAAAGUAGUGGAAGUCGAAGUUGAAAACAAUGUUACAACCACGGAAAGAGGUAUGAAAGUAGUAUCAUCAAGUGAAGAAGACAAAGAAGCACUGCAAAAAGAUGAAGCAGUAGAAAAGCUUGAUAAUUUUCUACAUGUUAUGCAUGAAGAAAGUGAGACACAACCAGCAAGUGAAGAUGUUACAAGUGCUAGCUGUACGGAGGUGGAAGGAUUAAUUGAAGACAAAGAAGCACUGCAAAAAGAUGAAGCAGUAGAAAAGCUUGAUAAUUUGCUACAUGUUAUGCAUGAAGAAAGUGAGACACAACCAGCAAAUGAAGAUGUUACAAGUGUUAGUCGUACGGAGGUGGAAGGAUCAAUUGAAAACCUUAAGGAAACCUCAAAAGCAGAAGAUGGUGUUAAAGGAUUUGUUAGUGCCUCAUUAGUGAAUAUAGAUCAUAAGGCAAUUGAUAAAGACCUAGAUCUAGUGGAUGUUUUGAAGGGGGAGAAUAAAGUUGAUGAUACUUCUUCUGCCGAAGUAGUGGAAGUCAAAGUUGAAAACAAUGUUACAACUACAGAAAGAGGUAUAGAAGUAGCAUUAACAAGUGAAGAAGAUAAAGAAGCAGCUCAGAAAGAUGGAGGAGGAGAAAAGCUUGAUAAUUUGCUACAUGUUACGCAUGAAAAAGGUGAGACACAACCAGCAAAGGAAGAUAUCACAAGUGUUACCUGUACAGAGGUGGAAGGAGUAAUUGAAGAUCUUAAAGAAACCUCAAAAACAGAAAUCAUGGAAGAAAAGGAGACCAUGGAUAAUGCAAUUGACACUGAGGUGCUCGAGACUCCUAGUAUGGGGCCAAAAACCAAUGAACAGGCAUUAAGAGAACUUGAUAAUGUCGAGGACUUGCACCCAAAUCUUAUUGAUACAAAAACCACUAAAGAGUCCAAAGAAACUCAGGUAACUACUGAAGUGGAGACAGCACCUCCAAGUAUGGAAAGAAAUGAACAAAUCUUAUACGAUCAGAGAACUACAGAACUCUCUUCUUCAUCACUAUUAGAAGAAAAAGAAGUGCUUGAGGAAAGCUCAAAGAAUAUAGACAAGGGAGAAGACAUGUGCCUUGCACUCAAAGAACAGAAUGAAGUGACAGAUUUGGUAGAGGAUGUAAAAGCUAAAAUCUUAGAGGACAGUGCAACGCCAACGGAAGAAAAAGUUGCAGGAGAAAACUCCCAGGAGACAAAACCUGUUGUACAUGGAUUUGACUCUAUCUCAACUGAAAUUCUCAACGACAAAACAAGCUUGAGGGAAGUAAAAUCAGAUAACGAAGACAAGGAGGUCAUAAAUCAUGACAAUGUCAUUGAAGAGGAGAGGUUGGAAAACAAUGUAGAUGUUGAAUCACAAGCAGUUUCUAUAUUGCCAAAAAUUUUGCAUGAAGAAGCAAAACCAGAUAUCGAGAAGCACGUCAUUAGUUACAAUGAUGUUCCUGAAGAGGAAAACAAUAUAGAAACCAAUGUGCAAUCUGAUUCUGUAUCUUUUGGAACAGUGAGUGGAGAAACAACCUUGAAGGAAGGUCUGGAUGAUGAUGAAGAAGAAGCCAAAAGUUAUUAUAUUGCUCACUCAACUACAACUGCGAGUGAAGAAACAAGCCUGCAGGAAGUUAGGCUUGAUAAUAGUGAGCAAGUAAAAGGUUGUGAAACGGCUCCAGAUGAGAAUAAUCUACCCAACAAUGUUGAUGUAAAUGUGCAAGAUGACUGUAUUUCAAAUAAAAUUAUGAAUGAAGAAGCAAGUAUGAAUGAAGGUGAGCCCAAUAUGGAAGAGGAUGUUAAAAGCUUUGAUAUUGCUCCUGAAGACAACAGAUUGAUAACUACUGUUACUAGUGAAGUACAAUCUAUAUCUGAUAUAGAGAGUAAAGAUUCAUGCUUGAAGGAAGUCACACAAGAGCAAGAAGGGCAUGUCAAUGGUUCUAGCGUUGCUCUUCAAGAGAAUAUUCUACCCAGAAAUGUCGAUCUAGGUGUACAAGAAGGCUUUGUUUCAACUAAAAUUGUGGAUGAAAGAACAAGCUUGAAAGAAGACGAAGUCAAUAUGGAAGAGGAUGUCAAAAGCUUUAACAUUGCUCCUGAAGAGAAGUCUCCGGUGAUCGUUGAUACUAGUGAAGUGCAAUAUGUCUCUGUCUCGGAUGAAAUAGAGAGUGAAGAUCCUUACUUGAAGGAAUCCACACAAGAGCAUGAAGAGCAGGUCAAAGGUUCCACUGCUAUUCUUGAAGAGAAUAGUCCACCCAUCAAUGUUUAUCUAUGUGUACAGGAUGACUCUAUUUCAAAUAAAAUUGGGAGUCAAGAAACAAGUUUGAAGGAAGACGAACCCAAUAUGGAAGAGGAUGUCAAAAGCUUUGAUAUUGCUUCUGAAGAGAAGUGCUUGGUAACUGAUGUUGCUAGUGAAGUACAAACUUUCUUUGUCUCAACUGAUACAGAGAGUAGUGGUUCUUUCUUGAAGGAAACCAUACAAGAAAAGGAAGAGCAACUCAAUGAUUCUAACAAUGCUCUUGAAGAGAACAGUCCAGCCACCAAUGUCGAUUUAGAUGUACAAGAUGACUUUGUUGCAACUAAAAUUGUGAAAGAAGGAACAAGCUUGAAGGAAGACAAACCCAUCAUGGAAAAAGAUGUCAAAGACUUUGAUAUUUCUCCUGAAGAGAAGUGCUUGGUAACUACUCUUACUAGUGAAGUUCACUCUGUCCUUGGCUCAGCUGAAAUAGAGAGUGAAGAUUCUCAUUUGAAGAAAGCCAUACAAGAACAUGGAGAUCAUGUCAAUUGCUCCAACACUGCUCUUGAAGAGAAUAGUCCACCUGGCAAUGGAGUUGAACCAAAUAAAGAAGAACAUGGUAUUACUCUUGAAGGGAAGAGCUUGGCAUGCAAUAUUGAAGUACAAUCAGAUUCUCCCUCACCAGAAAUCUUGAAUGAAGAAAAAAAAUUGAAAGAAGAACUUGAUAACAAGGAGGAGGACAGAACUUAUAAUGAUGUCCCUACAGAGAAGGGAUUGGACAACAUAGAAAUUGGUGCGAUAUCUGACAUUGCAAAUAGUGUUGCAUGUUUGGAAGUUGAAGUUGUUCAGAACCUUGAAGAAACCUCAAAGGCAGAAAAGAAAGAAGAAGAGGCAAAGAAUCUGAAUAGCACAACUGAUCCAGAAAAAAACGAGAUUGCAGAAGAGUUAAAAACAGCUAGAGCAAGUGAAAGUGUUCCAUGCAACAUAAAAGAGGAUGUUGAAGGAUUUGUUGGUGCCUCAUUAGUGAAUAUAGAAGAUCAAAAGGCAAUUGAUAAGAAACUAGAUCCAGUGGAUGCUUUAAAGGAGGAGAAUAAAGUUGAUGAUAAUUGCUCUACCAAAUUAGUGGAAGUCGAAGUUGAAAACAAUGUUACAGCCAUGGAAAGAGAUAUGAAUGUAGCAUUAACAAGUGAAGAAGAUAAAGAAGCAGCACAAAAAGAUGAAGCAGGAGAAAAGCUUGAUAAUUUGCUACAUGUUAUGCAUGAAGAAAGUGAGACACAAUCAGCAAAUGAAGAUGUCACAAGUGUUACCUGUACGGAGGUGGAAGGAGUGAUUGAAGACCUUAAAGAAACCUCAAAUUCAGAAAACAGGGAAGAUAUUGAAGUGCAAUCUAACUUUGUCUCGGCUGGAGUUGAAAGUGUGGUAGCUUGCUCGAAGGAAGUCAAACAAGAUCAUGAAAAGCAUGUCAAAAGUUCUACUAUUGCUAGUGAAGAAAAAGAUUUGACAGAAAGUGUAGACAUCGACUUACAACAUGAUUUUGUUUCAACUGAAAUUGUGAAUGUAGAAACAAGUGUGAAAGAAUAUGAACUAGGGGAUAAAGAACUAGUCAAAACUACUGAUAUUAUUCCUGAAAAUGAGGGUUCAAUAAGCAAUGUAGAUGUUGAUGUUGUCUCAGGUGGAAAUGAGAGUGGAAAAAAUUUCUUCGAUGAAAACAAAGCAAGGAACGAAGAAAACAUCAAAACUUUUGGUGUAAACGAAGGUUUGGGAACUGAAGAAACGAGAUUGAAGGAAGUUGAUCAAGAUGACGCAGUUGAUCAAAAUGACAAGGGGCAGGUAAACAAUUUUGAUGUUGCUCCUGAAGAGAAGGGUGUGGCAAGCAAUGUUGGUGGCGAUGUACAGAAUAAGGAAAAUUCGGAUUUAGAAGACAUCAAAGAGAAGAUCCCAACAAUAACAAGUGAAUGUGUACAAAAUAUAGAAAAAGAAGUGAAAGAAAUCACUCCUUUUGAGAAACUUCUUGAUGGCUUGCCGAAGGAUAACCUUCAAGAUUCUUCUACAGUCCUGUCAAAAGAAACUGAGCCCAUGAUAACUGAAGCAAAUGAGACACCAGAGGAAACAACUACAGAUAAAACCGAAUGUGAAAUUGCAAAGCUGCCAAUUACUGCACCAGCCCGAGAAGAUGGGUUCUUGCAAAAGGAAGUUGACCGUACAUUGGAGCCUUGUGAUACUGAGCAGGAAGUUGCAAAUGAAGACAGUCAAAUGCAAAUGGACCGAGAGCUGGAUAUUACCUCGGAGAUUACCAGUGACAAAAUCAAUACUACAUCAGAAGAUGUAGUAAUCGCAAAAAGGGAAGUCAUUAAGGACCUAGAAUCUCUACAAGAAAAAGAGCAAUCAGUAAAGAUUUUCAAUGUGAAAGAGACUGGUGAUUCCUCUGAAAGCAGCUUGAAUACAGAAGGGGUACAUACAUUAUUGGACUUGGAAGCAAAUAACACAAGGACUGAUGAACUUCCUAGAAACCAGAAUCUUGAACCAGGUGACCUGAAUGAGAUGCUCUCAUAUACAUUUGAAUCAGUUCACAAAGAUCAAGCUGAAGAAACACUUCCUUUGACAAAGAAGAGUGAAGUAUUGGGAGAAAACACUGAAGACACAAAGGAGAUAAGCAGGAAAUUAGAGCCCACAUUGAUGGUUGAUGAUAAUGUCAAUGAAACACAAAGCACAGAAGAGAUCAUCACAACUAAGGUGCAUGAGGGAAUUUAUAAAGCUAAUAAAACUGAAAAUACAAAGGAAGAAAUCAUUGAUGGAAAGAGCAACCUAGAAGAAUUUUAUCCAGAACCCAAUGAUGAUGAAAAAGUCUUCAAGAAUCUUGAACCAGGUGAUCUGGAUGAGAUGCUUUUAUAUUCAUCUGAAUCAGUUCACAAAGAUCAAACUGAAGAAACACUUACUUUGACAAAGAAGAGUGAAACAUUGGGAGAACAUUCUGAACACACAAAGGUGACAAGCAGGGAAGUAGAGCCCACAUUGAUGGUUGGCAAUUAUGUCGGUGAAACACAAAGCACAGAUAAGAUCAUCACAACUGAGGUGCACGAGGGAGUUGAUAAAGAUAUCAAAAGUGAAAAGACAAAGGAACAAAUCAUUGAUGGAAAGAGCGACCUGCGAGAAUUUCAUCUAGAGUCCAAUGAAGAUGAAAGAGUCUUUAAGGAGACAUGCUCUGACCCAAUAAUCACUGAAUUUCUCAAAGCUACAGACUCCAAAAAGAAUACAUCAAGUGUGGAUUCGCACACAGAAGAAAACACUACCAAGAAAGAUGAAACACUUGUCACAAACCCACCUGACGAAGAAAGCAUAAACAGACAAACCUGCAUUGCAUUACCUGAAGAAAAGAUUGAAGAGGAAAUCAAAGAGGAAGUUGGUAAUGGUUUGGACAAGAGUGACAUUUUAACUGUCAAAAAGCCAAUGGAAAUGACAAGUAUGGAGGAAGCUCAACAGGUUGAUGGGCCGGCAAACGCAUUUGAUAAUGAACCAGAAGAAAGGAAUCUAGAGUUUCCCAAAUCUGAGUGCUCUAUACCAGACAAAGUGGAAACCAUGAAACUUGAAGAAAGGUCCUACGACUUGGAGUCUCAGCAUUCAAAACAAAAAGACAUGGAGAUAGAGGAUAUUGUGGAGGAGAAUUUGAAUGUAAAUGAUGUUGAAGAAGCCAAACUAUACGCUGCCAUUGGAGAUGUAGAUACAAUUAAGCCAAUCCUAGAAGGGGAAAAUCUGGACACAGAUAAAAUUAGAGAAGAUGAAAUAAAAAAUGGUCAGAGUCUUGAAGAAGGAAUGCCAGAAGAGCAACUGCAAGCACCAUCUUCUACAUUACUUCCUAAGCACCAAAAACAUGAAACAGAAAUAGAAACCACCAUCAAGACGAAUGAAGAUGUAAUUACAGAAUCUGACAUGCAAAGUAGCGACUCCAUUGAGGAAGAAACUCCCUUAACAAAAGGAGAACACAGUGUGCCAGAACCCCAUGAGGUGGCUGAGGAAAGGCUAAGAACAGAUGAAAGUAAAGAAGAUAUCAAAGCAGCUCCUGAAACAUUGCCCGAGUAUAAUAAUCAAGAAAGCACUCGAGCAGUUGGAGAAGAUGAAGUCACAUGCCCAAUUUCAACAGAACAAGUUGAAGAAGUGUUGUCAUCUGCAUUACUUACAAAAGAGCCUGAACCUAUAGCUACUGAAGCAGUCAAGAAGACAGAACAGGAUAGCACGAGGGAGCUGGGAAUUCUUGACAAUGAGGUAAACGAUUCAUUGGCAAAAGAUGGAGGAGAAGAGACAUACUUGAAGAAAGAGCUUAAGGAUUUCAAAGUUGAAGAAGAAAUUGUAGAAAUUCCAAGUACAGUGUUAAAUGGAGAUGAAAGCAUUACCAACCAGGCCAUCUCUGAUGUGAUAUCAAAUGAUCAACUUCAAAUACCAUUGUCUGAGGAGCAAGAGAAUGAUACUACAACCACAUUCAAGGAUGCAGAUGAAGAGGACAAAAAAGCAUUGAAUAUUCUAGACAGUGAGGAUAUAAAAGACUCUCGUGCUCUAGAAACAGGGGAAGUGACAUGCUUGCAGGAGAACCCCAGGGAGAUCAAAAUCGUGGAUGUGAUGGGUUCUAAUGAAACUGAAGAUAAAAACAAAGGUGCAUCUCAAAUAGUGCAUGAAACUAAUUUGAAGAGAACUGAAGCUCAACCGGAGGAAAAAAUAAUCAAAUGCUCUGAAGAAAUAGCGGAAGUGGAGCUUGUACAAGAAGAAAGCACAACAGUGGUGGAAGUGAUCACAAAGGAAGAUGAAGAGAAGUGUUCCCAAAAGGAGACCAGAGAGUUUUUAGUCUCUGUUUCAACAGUGGAAGAAAUCACAGAAUCUACUGAGAGAGAGUCGAAAGAAGAUUCUCUAAACAAGGAAGUUAUUAACAGAGAGAUAUCCAACGACCAACCUCUCCCAGUUGACAAAGAUGAACUCAUCACUGACCAGGCUGGCCCUGCUGGUAUAUCAACGGAGCAGCUUCAGAAAUCAUCUUCUUCUACUUUGAUUCCCAACGAACACAAGCAUGAGGCUGUGGCAAUAGUCACCAAUAUUGAAGAAGAUGAAGAGGUGUUGAAAGAUUAUGGAGUUAAAAAGACUGUUGAAGAGAUAUGCUUUGACAAGGAACAGCCUAAGAAGAUUCAAGUCUCUGAAUCUGAGUCUUGGAUUCAUGCUGGUGACGACAUACAGGGAAGUUUAAAUGAAGAGACUAAGAAAGAAAGCGAGACCCACAAGGAAGUGCCGAAAACAGAGCCACGAGAAACUGAAGAAGAGAAGGGAAAUGCAGAACCAAUAAGGGCAGCCAUGGAAGCUCCCACUCUCGAUAUUGGUGAGCGUGAGAUAGCUUCCGACUUCAUCUCUGAAGGAACACAGAGCCAUGAAUCGCUCACCACUAUUGAAAAUGUUGAAAUCUUUGAAAAUCAUCUCAAGUUAGCAACAACCGAUUUGACCAAUGAAGAAAAUCAACGUGAGACCAUUACUGAAGCAGAAAAAAACAAAUCAAAGGUGAUUUUAGACAAAGAGGCAUUAACAAGCAUAGAACUUUCACACAAGAAAGAGAGUCUCAUCGUUGAAGAAGCCCAAAGCACACAUGAAACAUGCAAAGACCAAACUCCAAAGGAAGCAGACAAAGCAGAGAUCAGAGCAGAAAAAAUCACAACCAGUGAUAAGGAUUCUCCACCAAUUCUUCCAGAGUUAGUUAAAGAAACUUCACAGAGAGUGGAAUCAAAAGACAUAAAAACCAGAAACGAAACGUGGGCUGGUGAUAGAGAAAUCAAAGAUGAGCAAUGUGGAAAAGAAAAAGAAGCAGUGGUUUCGCUAUCUGAACUCAUACAAAGCUCAACAGAAGAAAAAACCCAAGUGGUCGAACACUUAUCCAAAGAAAAGGAGCCAAAAAGCAGCAAAGAGGUAGAACACAGUCAAAUCCAUGAAGAAGAUGAUGAAGAAGAGGAGGAAGAACAUGAAGAUGAAGACCACCCAGAUGCACCAAUCCUAGUACAUGCCUCAAAAGACAUUGAUGCCAAAGCUGCACGCAAGAAAUCUCAAGGAAUAUUUUCAGGGGUUGGGUCAAAGGUGAAACACUCUAUCUCCAAGGUCAAGAAAGUCAUUACUGGCAAGUCUUCCCAUUCCACCACCACCACCACCAAAACACAACCCAGCAGCAGUUAGAAAGCUCAGUUUGGGUUCCCAAAAAUAUUUAUUAUUUUCGUACAUAUAUGGGUGAUUCACAAUUGUUUGAUUAAUGCUUUGAAUAAGGUGAAAGAGGGUUGAUUGUGUUUUUUUUAUUAUUAUUGAGUGAGAGUGUGGUUUACCAGUUUUGCAGCUUGAUUUUGAGUUUUGUUAUUUUGUACAAAAACAUCUGAAAUGUUAUAUGGAGUUUGCUUAAAAUACCUCGGAUAUAUUUUUUUUGAAAGGGAACUAAUAAUAUAUCAUAUCCUUCUUCAACAAUCCAAAUAUUUACAAAGUUAGUUGUUCUGUAAACAUUCCUAGUGGAUACAAGAAUACCCAAUAAAGCUUACUAAACUAUAUUACUACUUGAGAGUGUGAGUAAUGCUACAGAGAAAGUCCCAAUAAUAAUUAAGCAUGUGAUCAGCAGGUUUAACCAAAUCCCAUUUUCCAGUGCAGAAUAUUGCAUAUGCAUCAGCUGCAUACUUGCCAAUACCAUGCAACUGAGUGACAUGGGUCCAGCCUUCUUCCAAAUACUCCUGCGAGAAACGCUUUAUCAUCACAGCUCUCUUCCGAAACAGACCAAGAGGUUGUAUAAUCUUCUCUAUCUCUCCUGAGCUAACCUCACUAGCAACUUUUGCAUUGGGACACAAAUUGAACAGAUCUGAUAUAACCUGCUUUGCCUGAAUACCAGUAGUCCGAUUAAGAAGCAUACAAAUGACCAAAACCCUCCAAGGGUCAUCCACAUGAUCCUCUUGGAGAAGACCAAUAUCAGAACGAGGAGGCUUCCAUGUGUUAUCACAACAUUUCCUCUCGUACGCUACGCUUCUCUUCUCUGCAGCAGAAAGCAGAAUGCUUUUCUUCUUUUUCUCUUUACCCAAACCCACAACAACCGGAUCAACAUCUUCUUCUUCUUCUUCUUGUGAUUUCUCAAAGUAAGGGGACACCUUUAUUGCUGUCUUCUUCUUCUUCUUAUGCUUUUCCUCUUUCUUCAAAUGAGCAACCACCUGAAAAGCCAACUUUGAAGCCAACUCAUAAUAGGUCUUCUGAGAAACCAACUGAGAAUAAACCAGUUGAGAACAAGUUACCACCUUUAAUGCUUCAUUCUUCUUGUUCAAAUUCUCUGUUUCUGGGUCUUCCUUCAAUCUUUUCUUCUCUUGAUCUUUCUCAAAAUAGGGUGAAAUCACUCGUUCUUGCACCACCUUCUUCUUCUUCCUUUUCCUUUUCCUUUUCUUGUUCAACACGAUCAUUUUUGUGUUUUCAUCGUCGUUUGUGAAAUAGGGAGAAACCACGCGCCAUUUGUGAUCGGAGUUGGGUUGUUGAAACGGUGUCGUUCUAUCCGAGCGGUGCUUUGUCUUUUCAUUCACUGCCACUGCUGCUACUAAUUCCAUUUUGUUCCCAAUACUUCGGAUAUAUAAAUACAUAUAUAUAACCAAAUAAAUAAUAUGCAUAACAAUUUAUGCAAAGAAGAAAGUGGAAUUGUAAAAUUCAUAUGAGAUCUGUUUAAGAAAAAGGUUUUGCAUUCCAACCAGAGAAAUCGGAGAAGAAAGAGAGCUUACCACUGACGACGUUGCUUUACUGGUUGUUGAAUAUUUUGGGGGCAAGUGAGAAAAUUGAGUACAACUCAAACUCCAUUGACAUUCGGGCUCCAAGUUUCAUCUCCAGGAGGAUGGAGGGUGCUCUUUUUCCCUUUUUUUUUUUUUUUCAAAGUCC